AUGUGCAACCCACCGUUUUAUACCUCACACGAGGAAAUGGUUGCAUCUACCGAGGCGAAAACGCAAGCUCCCUCUUCAACAUGCACUGGAGCUGAUGUGGAGAUGAUCACUCUUGGCGGAGAGGUUGGAUUUGUUACGCGCAUGAUUGAUGAGAGUCUACAAGUGCGGGAUCGGAUCAAAUGGUAUACAACUAUGCUAGGCAAGCUGAGCAGUGUGACUACGCUCGUUGACAACCUGAUAAAACGUGAAAACCAAAACUAUGCCGUCACCGAGUUUGUGCAGGGGAACAAAACGAAGCGCUGGGCUGUUGCCUGGUCGUGGGGGGAUAUGCGACCUGCAAUGAGCGUCGCAAGAGGAAUUCCGGGCUUCCCAAAGCACCUCCUGCCUUUUCCUGCUGACUUUAGCUUCGUGCUUCCACCGACAAAAUCAAUCGAUGUCGCAAUUGCUACUAUGGAUACCGAGCUGAGCUCCUUGUCCUGGUACUGGACAUGGGAUCAAUCCCGUAGUGCUGGCGUCGGAUUUGCGCCCGAGAACGUCUGGUCUCGUCAAGCACGUCGCAAGCUCAAGUUUGCUGGACAAGAUGGUGCGCCAGGCAAACUAUUGGCCAUGCCGAUGAGAGUGGAAUUGGGAAUUCGAGUUCAGUUGACACUGGUUCGAGGGCAGGAUCCUGAAAGACACGAAGUCCAAGUGUUGAUUAGCUGGACCCGAGGCACAAACAGUGUGUUGUUCGAGAGUUUCUGCGGAAUGCUGAGGAGGAAAAUGGAGCCAUAG